GUCGCUAGUAGAGUUGGUACUAUCUCCACGGACGGAGCUUGCGGUUCGUCGGUUCGCUAGAUGUUGAUGCGUUGUUGAGCUGUUGUUUCUUUCGGUCGUCGUCGUCGUAUCGCGGUCUUGCCGUACGCGCUUCGGGCGUAAUCUGUGUCAGCGGUGUAAUUCGCGGAUAUUUGUGGGUGUUUUCCGACGGAUCUUCGAUCGAAGGGAUUACGCGAAAGUUUCUGUAGUGCAGUGAUGUAGUGUACACCCGCUACGCGGUAUAUUCUUGUAGAGUUGAUUGGAAGAAGCCUUCGCGUUCAACCUCCAAGGAGGGUCAAGAAAGAGCAAGAGAGAGAGUUUGGGAGUUGUGGGAGAGCCGCCGCCGCGCACGACACACACAGGUGAGAGUGAACGGGAGAGCUGCACACAGCAGAGGUCCAGCAGGAAGAUUCCGGAAUCGCGGGCAGGCUGGAAGAAGCAGUGCUGUGUGUGCUUCAUGUUUUCGUCGUUUGUGGUUGUGCACUUGGACGGGGUCAAUCCCGAGAAGAAAGCCUACAAGUGUGCCGAUCCUGUAGAGUGAUUCGUUGUUCAUACGGCUCCCUCCAAGAUCUGCCAUAGCUGUCAAAAGAUGAUUCGCGGUGGAGGUCGCGCAAUGUUAUUGUUUUGAUUUCGUCGUGUGUGGGUGGUGUUGUUCAGCUGUGUGCCGUAUCGAAUUAACCCUGGAGUUCAACCGAAGCUCACGGUGCCGUAACGCAAAGUGUGUGUGAUAAUAGUUUAUGAAAAAUUCAACAAAUCAAGUUGGUGGCGCCAAGUCGUUCGGAAAGUGAAAUGAAAGUCCGAAAGUGAUUCAACUUGGCUGAAGAUCAAAUCGCAGAAAAUCCGUACGAAGAAGCUUUGUGUUGCUGUGUUCAAGUGAUGUUGUUCCAGCGUUGUGUGUGCUCAGGUGUACAAAGCACACCUUCCUUACUUCAUCACAUCUCCGCGCAUAAGGCUGUGAGCGUGUGAUGCUGAGGCUAACGAGCAAAAAGGGAAUCAUUACAACAACAACAACAACGUAACACCGACAAGUGAAACUCUCUGAACAGGUCGUCCCGGAUCUUGGCCGCAACACACCUCGUCAAGAUGAACAACAACACGUCCCGCUCGCAUCUGCAGUCGCUGUUCAACAACUCGCUGGCGAUCCGCCAGGAGAUUCAGCGCUUCGAGAGCGUCCACCCAUCGAUCUACGCGAUCUAUCAUCUGAUCGACCUGCUGGACGACAGCCAGGUGGCGUCGCAGAUACGCGACCAUGUCGUGUGCAUUGAAGAUUCCUUCGUCAACAGCCAGGAGUGGACGAUCUCACGGUCCGUGCCGGACAUUCGGCUCGGCAUCGUCGGCAGCCUCAGCUCGGGCAAGUCGGCGCUGGUCCACCGCUACCUCACGGGGUCCUACAUGCAGGAGGAGUCGCCCGAGGGUGGCCGCUUCAAGAAGGAGAUCCAAAUCGACAACCAGAGCUACCUGCUGCUGAUCCGGGACGAGGGCGGACCGCCGGAAAUGCAGUUCGCCGCCUGGGUCGACGCGGUCAUCUUCGUGUUUAGCCUGGAGAACGAGUCCAGCUUCAACGCCGUCUACACCUACUAUACCAAAAUGUCCCACUUCCGGAACAGUGCGGAGAUUCCGAUCAUCCUGGUUGGGACGCAAGACGCCAUCAGCGAGCGAUCACCGCGGGUCAUCGACGAUUCCCGGGCGCGCAAGCUGGCCCAAGAUCUGAAACGGUGCACCUACUACGAAACGUGUGCCACCUACGGACUGAACGUGGAACGGGUGUUCCAGGACGCUUGCCAGAAGAUUGUCCAGCAGCGUCUGUCGACGGGUUCGGCCAUCACACCGACCAAUUCGCGGCCAACGACGCCGCAGGGUACCCGGCUUGGGGUGGCCAGUUUCCACGCGACCUCCGUUCCUAGCCCGACCAACGGGUUCUCCGGCUCGUCGAGUCCGGGUCUCACCAUGAGCAGUUCCUCGCCAAGUCACCAGCAGCAGCAGCAGCAACAGUCUGGACAGAAUCAGGGUAACAUGACACUACCGCAUCGACACCACGCUCUUUCGGCCUCGAGCCACCACAUUCCGAUCAAGAUCAGCCAGGAGAUGCUGGCGAGUGAGAGUCACCUGAUUGGACAGCGGGAUUCGCAUCCGCCGGCCAAGUGGGGAACCAUUUCGCACGGGACCUCCCAGCAGGCAUUGUUGGCGUUGACCAACGAGAACAACAACAUCGCCAAGUUUGUUCCGCCGACGCAUCCGGUUUCGAGCGAUGGGCUCCAACCGCUGGGGUUGAUAUCGGGAAAGGACUCGGGAGGGAGUAGCGGAGGGGGGAAGGACAAGGAGCUGCCGACUCCAACGUCUACGCCGACGACGUCGCGGAAGAGCCGACGAAGAUCGAAUCUGUUCAUUCCUUCCUCGUCGAAGAAGGAACAACAGGAUAAAAUCAAGAACGGAGAGCUGGGAAGUGGCCGGGCCAUUCCCAUCAAGCAGGGAUACUUGUACAAACGGAGCAGCAAAUCGCUGAACAAGGAGUGGAAGAAGAAGUACGUGACGCUGUGCGACGAUGGGCGGUUGACGUACCAUCCGUCGUUGCACGACUACAUGGACGACGUCCACGGGAAGGAGGUCUCGCUGCAGUACGUCACGGUGAAGGUCCCCGGUCAGAAACCUCGAGGCUCCAAGUCGAUCAUCACCAACAGUGCGCUGACCGGUGCGAACCUGGCGGCCGGUAUGAACGGCAAAUCUACGAGUAGCAACGGGUUGACCGAAGGCAUCGGUGGUCUGUCCCUUGCCAAGGAUCGCAAGAUCACCGAGAAGGUCCUGCUGACGGCCUUCGACACCCUGCGGGAACCCGUCAAGUCCAACUCGCAGACCAGCGGCGACGAGGGCAUCGUCAUCAGCAACAGCAACUCGCAGAGCUUCAUCGGCUCGGACGGCAACUCCAGCAAGCUGGACGCCCAAACGCCCAACGUCAAGAAGCGACACCGCCGGAUGAAGAGCAGUGGCGUGGGGAAGAACAACGAGUACGACGGUAAGUUGCUGCUUCGCAAACGCGUCAUCCUCCACUGGCUCCUGACCCAACACCCUGCUGUUGUCGUUACAGAUUCCGACGGGUUCGAGUUCUACAUCGUCUCGCUGGACAACAAGCAGUGGCACUUUGAGGCGUCCAACUCGGAGGAGCGCGACGAGUGGGUGUCGGUGAUCGAGCAGGAGAUCUUCAAGUCGCUGCAGGGCAUCGAGUCGAGCAAGUCCAAGCCGCUGAACCCCAGCGACAUCGCCUCGAUGCAGUCGAUCCGGAGUCGGGUGCCGGGGAACGGGUACUGCGUGGACUGUGAUUCGCCGAAUCCCGAAUGGGCAAGCUUGAAUCUCGGAGUGCUAAUGUGUAUCGAAUGCUCGGGCGUGCACCGAAACCUUGGCUCUCACAUCAGCAAAGUGAGGUCCCUCGGACUGGAUGAGUGGCCUCCCGGUCACCUCAGCGUGAUGCUCGCCAUCGGCAACAGCCUCGCCAACUCGGUCUGGGAGUCGAACACGCGCGGCCGGGUGAAACCGACGCCGGCGAGCUCGCGGGAGGAAAAGGAAGCCUGGAUCCGGCACAAGUACGAGGCGAAAGAGUUCCUGCCGGCGUUCAACGCGGCGCCCCCGAUCGGGCAGCAGCUGCGCGAGGCGGUGGUGCGGUCGGACAUGAAGGCGAUCAUCAUUCUGCUGGCGAACGCGUCGAACGAGCACAUCAACUCGACCGUCAGCAAUCGGGACCUGCGGACGCCGCUGCACCUGGCGUGCGCCAUCGGCAACCUGGCCAUCUCGCAGCUGCUGAUUUGGCACCACGCCAACCUGAAGCACAUCGACCACGAGGGCCGGUCGUGUCUGACGUACGCGAAGGCGGCCAACUCGCUGGCCGCGGCCCGCCAAGCAAGCAAUACCCCGCACCACGUGAACGUCGAGACGACGGCGGCGCUCGUCGACCUGCUGGCCAGCCUCGGCUGCACCGACCCGGCGCCGUUCACCGCCAGCGGAACGCUCCCGCGGCGGCGGGAAACCAUCGACCAGGGCACGUUCGAGAAGUUUUCGUCGAACAUUAUUUAGGGAGAUGAUCUUUAGGAAAGAGAAACCUAGUUUUAAAUUAUAUUCGAUAUAUAUUAUACGUUCAAAACCAAUGUGAUCCCUCUAUUUAAAAAAUAUUCAUCAGAGAAGGAGAAAUUAGUAGACAGAUGAGCGUAGAAAUUUUUUUUUGGUUUUAUUUAUCCUCGAACGAUAGUUUCAUUUAUUCGAAAGCAAACACGGUAGAAAAGAUCUAGUUAAUUAUUGUUUAAGUUGUGACAGGCUAAACCUAACGAUAGAAGGAAAAACGGAACCUCGUGUAAGAUAUUUGGAUUGGAACGUCUAAAUUUUGUUUUUAUGUAUAGUUCUUUUGUAUUUUAUUGUGCUAAUUUUAUGCUUCGAUCCCGUGUAAAUAUCCUGUAAGCAACAAAAACUCUGUAAAUUUAACUGAACCCGCCCAACUCGGUUACGCAAACUAUAUUCGCUCUCGUUUAAACUAUUUGUAUAAGUUUAGAAGAAAAUCGCACCGUCUACUUAAACGGAAGAAUCACCACACAGUACACAGUUGAUUUUAAUCACCACAUUCUUUCGUUCUUUAUUAUUCUUAUAGUUUCAAUUCACUGUUACAUUACCUCUUUGUUGUACAAUUCCCUCUUUAUUACAGAAUCUAACCUUAAUCGAAUAUUCCACCAACCCUCCCCACUGACUGUUUUCCAUUCGUUCCAUUAGUUCUGUAGAAGCUCAUUUCUUGUAUCAACCCCAAGUCCCCCCAAAGAAUGCCAAAUUGUAGCGUGCAGCACUUAACAAAGUUACACUCACAAAACAAACUACAAACCUGCUUGAGAAUCUAACCAACAAACAAAUUACGUUUAGCAAAUUAUAACAACAUAGCAAAAGCAAAACAAAAACUGCACCAUAUUAAAAACAAAAACAAAAGUUCUAGCGCGUUGAAAGCAAAUAAAAUUUACCAAAACAAGCAAACAUAUUCUUAUCAAACACCGCAGAUCCCGUAGAAGUGAUUGAACUGAUUGCUAAACUGUGAAGAAGGAAAACCCCCCGUAGGAUGAGGCGAAACUUUCGGACUAAACACAAACAAGCAAGUGAAACAAUGAUAGACAAAACAAACAAAUACAGUUGUUAGAGAGAAAAACAAACACAAACACACGAUUAUAUUGUACUCUCCCUCACACAAAGUUAGAAAACCGCGCUGAGCACACUUUCCUUAAAUCUUCUUGAAAACAGAAACAAACACUCACAACCCUACAAAAACUCUGUCCCACUACGAUAGGCAAUAGGAUAGUGUAGCGAACAAACAGAAGAAAACAGACAAACAAAA